GUCGGCGCGGUUGGCCGGCCGCGGCUGCCGAGGUGGCCGGCGAGGAGCCCGGGGUCCCGGAGCCAUGCGGUUGUCCGCGCGCGCGCUGAGCGGCGUCACCGGGGCCGCCUGGCGGGCGGGCGUCGCUCUGCGCGGCCAGGAUGUGGCGCGCUGGUUUCCGGGCCACAUGGCCAAGGGGCUGAAGAAGAUGCAGAGCAGCCUGACGCGCGUGGACUGCGUCGUCGAGGUGCGCGACGCCCGGAUCCCGCUCUCAGGGCGCAACCCUGUGUUUCAGGAGACCCUUGGGCUGAAGCCCCACCUGCUCGUCCUCAACAAGAUGGACUUGGCCGAUCUGACCGAGCGGCAGAAAAUUGUGCAACAGUUAGAAGAAGGAGAAGGCCUGAGAAACGUCAUCUUCACCAACUGCAUCAAGGAUGAGAACGUGAGGCAGGUCAUCCCAGCCGUCUCGCAGUUGAUUGGGAGCAGCCACCGCUACCACCGAGGAGAGAACACGGACUACUGCGUCAUGGUGGCCGGGAUCCCCAACGUGGGCAAGUCCUCCCUCAUCAACUCCCUGCGGAGGCAGCACCUCAGGAAAGGAAAAGCCACGCGGGUGGGUGGUGAGCCUGGAAUCACCAGAGCUGUGACCUCCAGAAUUCAGGUGUCUGAGCGGCCGCUGGUGUACCUGUUGGACACCCCUGGAGUGCUGGCUCCUCGAAUCGAGAGUGUGGCGACGGGCUUGAAGCUGGCCCUGUGUGGAACCUUACUGGAUCACCUGGUCGGGGAGGAGACCAUGGCCGACUACCUCCUUCACACCCUCAACGAACACCGGCUCCUAGGGUACGUGCAGCACUAUGGGCUGGGUGGCACCUGCCAGGACACAGAGCACCUGCUGAAGAGCGUGGCCAUGAGGCUGGGGAAGACGCGGAAGGUGAAGGCGCUCACAGGCACAGGUGACGUGAAUGUCGUGCAGCCCAACUAUGCUGCCGCAGCCCGUGACUUCCUCCAGGCCUUCCGCAGUGGGCAGCUGGGUCCUGUGAUGCUGGACCGGGACCUCCUGCAUGGCUGUCCCCCGGCUGAGACAGAGGCCUGACUAGAGCUCCUGCUGGCCCAUGAGCCCUCUGAGCGGUCCUGCUCGCAUAAAGUUCUGAACUGA